CCGAAAUUGCGCUGAACUGGACUGGCAAACCCCACCUGAAAUCUAGGAAUUGCCGUAUUCCCGGUUGCUGACACUGUGGCUGCAGUUUACUCACGAGAUACCAACCAAACACUAAUUGGAGAAACACUUGGAUACGUACAGUUCCUCACCCAGGAUGCCUUUCAAAGCUGGAUUAGAACUGACUGAACUGCAGAAUAUGACUGUCCCUGAAGAUGAUAACAUCAGCAAUGAUUCAAAUGAUUUCACAGAGGUGGAAAAUGGCCAGAUAAAUAGCAAGUUUAUUUCGGAUCGAGAAAGCAGAAGAAGUCUCACAAACAGCCACUUGGAGAAGAAGAAGUGCGAUGAAUAUAUCCCAGGAACUACGUCACUGGGGAUGUCCGUCUUCAACCUCAGCAAUGCCAUUAUGGGCAGUGGGAUUUUGGGUCUCGCUUUUGCCUUGGCCAACACGGGAAUUCUUCUUUUUCUGCUGCUUUUGGUUUCAGUGACGCUGCUGUCUAUUUAUUCAAUAUAUCUCCUGUUGGUGUGUUCAAAGGAAACAGGCUGCAUGGUGUAUGAAAAGCUGGGUGAGCAGAUCUUCGGUACCCCAGGGAAAAUGAUCGUCUUUGGAUCUACAUCUCUUCAGAACGUUGGAGCAAUGUUGAGCUAUCUCUUCAUAGUCAAAAAUGAGCUGCCUUCUGCCAUAAAGUUUCUAAUGGGAAAAGAAGAAACUUUUACGGACUGGUACGUGGAUGGGCGGAUUCUUGUUGUCACAGUGACGUUCGUUAUAAUCCUCCCUUUAUGUCUCCUUAAGAACUUAGGGUAUCUUGGCUAUACCAGUGGAUUUUCAUUAAGCUGCAUGGUAUUUUUCCUGAUAGUGGUUAUUUACAAGAAGUUUCAAAUUCCCUGUGGCGGAUCGGAACUAAAUGCAACAUCAGCUGUGCUAUCAAAUAGCUCAACACAUGAACAUAUGUGUAAGCCAAAGUAUGUUAUCUUUAAUUCCAAGACCGUGUAUGCUUUGCCCACCAUUGCUUUUGCGUUCGUCUGCCACCCGUCAGUCCUCCCAAUUUACAGCGAACUUAAAGACCGUUCACAGAAAAAAAUGCAGUUGGUUUCAAAUAUCUCAUUUUUUGCCAUGUUUGUGAUGUACUUUAUGACUGCCAUAUUUGGCUAUUUGACUUUCUACGACGAUGUGCAGUCAGAUCUGCUUCACAAGUACCAGAGCAAAGACGACAUCCUCAUCCUGACCGUGCGCUUGGCUGUGAUCGUUGCGGUGAUACUCACGGUGCCGGUGCUGUUUUUCACUGUGCGUUCAUCAUUAUUUGAAAUGGCUAGGAAAACAAAAUACGACACUUGCCAUCAUGUUUCGGUUACUUUUGUUCUUUUGGUUAUCAUCAACCUGUUAGUCAUUUUUAUCCCAACCAUGAAGGAUAUUUUCGGAGUUGUAGGGGUCACUUCUGCCAAUAUGCUGAUUUUCAUUCUUCCUUCAUCAUUGUAUUUAAAAAUUACACAGCAAGAUGGAUCCAAGUUGACUCAGAGGAUUUGGGCUUCUCUUUUCUUGGCACUGGGGAUAAUGUUUUCCCUAGUGAGCAUUCCCUUGGUCAUCUAUGACUGGGUACAAUCAGGAGGCAGUGCCGAAGGCCACUGAAGUUCACCUCCUUCUGAAGACACCCCUGUUUGCUACACACCAAAAUCGCAACCAUCCGUUCUGUUAUCUGUUCCAUCUUUUGUGAGUUUACUCAAAUCAAAUCCAAAUAAUGAUUAUCCAGUACUGAAAAUACUGUUAUGGGCAUAUUUUCUUGCAGAAAACAAACCCAUUUUUCCAACAGGCAUAUCACUCUGUCCCCCAAUACUGAGUUGUCAGAUCAGCCUAAAGUCUGUGUUAAUUGUCUGUGAGACUAUAUAGAGCAUUGUUCAUAAAUGUUCAUCACAGUUAAUUUGUUUCCUCUCUUCCACCCAUGAAUUGCAUUGUUCUGUUAUUAUCCUUAGCCCUUCAACCAUAAGCUCUGCUCCUUUAGGGCAGCAGCGCCUCUUGUUAUCACUCCCAGCUGGAGUGAUAUCAGUUCACACCCUUGCCCCCAACCUUUUAGCCAAAACUCUGCUUUCCAGCUGUACACAUCAGGUUUGUUGGUUUGUUUGGUUCUUCUCUUGCUGUUUCGUGCACCGUUUGCCUCAUUGGGUCAAGCGUAGUAUUCUGGAUACGAGCACAAAAGGCGCUACAAGAGCAUAAAUGAGCAUUGUACAAGAGUAGGUCCUAAAUCUGUUGCUUCUCUCUGAUGUUCUGGUGGGGGAGCCAGCCCCAGGGCUUGGCUGUUUUGUGGAUUCAGGGAGCAGACCUGUGUGUCUGUGUGAUGGGGUGCAGGGAGCAGGAGAAAGACAGCCACCACUACCAGCCACCGCUCCCCUGGCAUACUUCAGCUGGAGCCUGCCCAGAACUAGGCUUGACCCCCAGCCAUGAGUACUUGAGCCUGAGGAGAAGCAGACACUUGGAGAUUUCCAUAGGAAGUCUGUGUUUUCUUCAGCCCCACUUCUCUCAGAAAAAAAAAAAUAAAAAUAGCAAGCUCCAGUUUUAUCAAAACCUACGCAUUUAAUCAUACCUCAUGCCUUUUCCGUUCUGGGAUUCUUCUGUACAUACCUUGUAGACUGGCUCCUCUGCUGUUUCUUGCCCUCCUCCCACUGAAGUCAGCCGGGUUUUUGACAGCAGCGGGAGCAGGAUUUGACUCACCCUGCCAAACUACUGGAUUUCUAAUGGAAAUUGAAAUCAUUUCUUUGAACAAACAGAAACACUUUUUAUAUUUAAAAUGUUUCAUUUACAUUUCUCAUCGAUUCUCCAUAACAGUUAAAGAAAAGACCUUCAAUUACUACUAGCAGAAACACUGUAACUUGCAUCUGUUGUCCACAAAAUAAGCAUUUGCCUAAUGCCUUAUAGCUGGUGUAGAGAACUACUUAUAGAGACUCAAACGCUAAGCAGGUGAUCAUUAACCAUCCUGAGCAGACAUCCUUCAUUAGUGCACUGCCGGCAGCAUACAUGUGUUCACUUCGUGUCAUUCACCGUGUGAGCUAAACAGUGUCUCAAAACACAAACCCGGCUCCCAGUCAAAGAACCGAUGGCUAAAGGGAGCCCCGUUCCAUGCCCAAGGGCUGAGUGGUGCCCUCGGUGUGCUCGAGCCGUACCUGCCAGUAUGCGGUGACCCUCUUGUUCCCAGUAGCUGAUUCAUUGCCGACUCUGGUUGUAACUGUGGAAGGAGACUUGUCAUCAGCUGUGGGGAACCCGGCAUUGCAGCUUGCUCUUUUUAAGGUUAGGGAUGGAGAAUUCGGGAUCUUGGGAUUUCUGUGAGCUAUUGAAUCGCCUCAGUUGCCGUUGCCUUGUCCUACAAGGCUAGAAGUCACUGAGAGUUGAGAUCACAGAGCACUUCUCAGGACCUUGAAAGCUGGUUUCUGAGGGUAACAUCCAGAGAGGUUAGUUUGGGGCCUGCCUUGGAAAUUGGGCAUCGAGAAGCAGAGCGCUCACACUGCAGAACCUAAACCUACUGAACACAGACUUCUAGAUCUGUACCUCAGCCUAGGCAGUGAGGUACCCAGCUCUGCCGAUAUUCCACUGUGAUCCAGAAAUAAGGCAGAGUAGACUCCGCAGGCUGCCCAAGUCCUUGGACCAGCCCCACAGCAAGAACAAAACUGGAAGCCUCCUCCCUCUAGACUGCAGAGCAGGGUUCCCUCCAUCUGUCCUCCUCCUGGCCCUUCAGACUUUCACUCCUUGUGACACAGGCUCCCAGCAAGGUCUCCAGUCCAGCAUCCUUCCUCCCAAGCACCCAGCUUUUAACACACAAACUGCUGAGCUACCUGGGGCCCCCUGGGCUGAGGCAGCUCGUGCAUUCUGAUAGCUGUUCUCAAACGCUUGCCUGUGAUGGUGCAGGUCACCAGCUUUCUCUGCGAUGUCUCUUUAUGGGACUGAUCCCUGCCCUGAUUCACAGACAAGUAGUCCAUACCAUAGCCUAUGAGCCCAGGUGUUAGCCAAACUCUGGAGAGAAGAACCCAUGCUUGGUUCCUACCUCCUCGCAGCUCGUUCCAGGCAUCUUCCCAGCUUGGGGUGUAAGUUUGUGUCUCCCCUUUCACAGACACACAACUCCCUCUGGUCAUUGCAGCAGGAGCCCAGCAUCUCACUCUGUUUUCUGACUCAGCUUGCUGGGGUCACAUUUCAGGUUUCGAGGUGCCUUAUAAUCUCUCUGGAUCUCACCCCAAAAAACCUAACUCAGACCUGAGAAUGCUGUGCAAUGUUAUCCUCAAAAUGCUCCAGGGCUCUCCUGCUUUCCCUCCGCCCUUUAUCCUUCUUCUACUACUGAUUUACGAGCCGUGCAGCUCUGUGCAUCGGGGGGUUGUGAGAGAGGAGAUCCUGGGAGCGGCUUUCAGGUAGGAGCUAGAGGUCUGAUCUGCUGCACAGGGUCCCAGCAAGGUCACAACUGCAACAUCUCCCUCCCACCCCCUGCCCAAAUAGUCUGUAGUCCCGUGUUUAGAAUACCAACCAUUGAGUUUUGGCACCCAGCUUCCUUCGACUUGAAGGACUUUUGGGUGACUGAUUGCUCCUUGCAUCUUCCUAAAUCUCCUCCAUCAGUAUCCCUCUCUCUCCUCUUUGCUAUUCUGCCACCUUCUUUUUCCUGGUGUGUUUGUAUACUGGAGUUUUACUGGAUAAAUAGGGAGAAUAAUGAGCUGGGUGUGUGCAUGGAGUGAAAGGUACUGGACCAUCAAAUCAUAUCUUAGAUACUGAAAAAUAGAUACCCAAUAGAUACCCAUAUUGAGUCUUUAAACAGAUUUUGUUUCUGAGUCUCUGGAAAAAAAAAAAAAAGAGGGAAUUUUGCUUAGACUGAUUUACUGGCAUCAUAUUUAUAGAUAUUUAUGGAAAGGAAUCAUGUGUUUAUUGAUGUCUGUGGUAAUGAACGUGAAAUAACGUGCUUUUUGUUUUCUCAUCAGGUUUAUACAUUCUUAACAGAAUGCAAUAGACCCUGCUGUAACUGUCAACAUCAGUGAUGGAUGACAAUAUUUGUAUGAGGUUAUCUGUAAAAUGUACUGCUGUUGUUCAGUUCAUUUGAAAUAGUGAACUUGUAGCCAACGAUGUACGAGUCCCACAUUUUAGCUAGGAUUUUAAGAGCACAGUGAAAUGCUGUAGGAGUUUCUCUAUUGUUAAAUUAAUAGGAUCCAGAGUACCGUAUCUACUUAGUAGGUGGUAGCAUGCUUUCUUUUCAUAGAGAGUUUAUCACUAUUGUGAGAACUGCAAAUGUCGUAGACUGGAUGCAAAAUUGCUCCUAAUAACUACAACAAAGUACUUCAAAAUUCUCCUUUGCGUAAUGGCAACAAUUGAGUGGCGAGGGACAAGGAAGGACUAAUUAGAAGCAGGGGCUCCUAAUAAGAUUGUAGGAAUUAAUCCUAUACUUAAAAGACAGCCUUGCUGCCUCUCCUAGUCCACAGCACAUUGCAAAGAAAAUAGUCAUGGGCUUAAAGCACCCUUACCAUUGCAGAAUACAGCUGCCCUUCUCUGUCCGAAGGCAAACACACCUAGUAAGUACAACACAGUGAAGUGUUCUUUGGGAACAGUAUCUCGGGAGCAGUGACCUCUCUGGGUGAUGCUUGCUCCUGGGCAGAGGGCCAAUGACAAAUCCGUGCACUGGCACAGACCUUUUGUAGGGCUGACACGGACCGAGUGGUGCCUGGCCCCUGUGCAGGGCCAGGGCAGAAGGGCCGGUCUUACCCUGCCAGGUCAGGGGUGGGGAUGCCCAUCCGCUCCCGAGGGCUGCUUCCCACAUGCUGACCCACAGCUUCUGCUCCACUUGCAAUGGGUCACACGUGCAAAUACAGGUUGGAUGAUAUAUGGGUUGUGUCUGAACGUCCGCCCUACAAUGCAUAAGCACCACAGCUCGCUCUGAUAUUAACGGUAACUAUUAAUGGUAUCUCUAGCUUAUCUUUAAAUGAAUAUGUUUCUUUGCUUGAACCUUACAUUAAGGCUAAAGAGCAUCUUGGUCAAAACAAAACUCUUCCCAUGUGGUGGUGUCCCACCUCCAGUCCUACCGUCUAACCCCAGUGCCUACAGGAGAAAGGCACAGCAGAAUGUAUUCAGCUCCAUCAGCAGCUCCACGAGAUGGCUUUAUCGCCUGGUGCCAGGGUGCUUUCUUAAACAAUUCCCCAGAGCCCUUGGUGCCAGGAAAAUCCUUAUUUCCUGUAACUUACACAAAGAAUGUUUUAUUUGUAUCUAAUGUAAGGAUUUCUGUAACAAACUGUGAAAAAAAAAAAAGAUAAUAAUAAGUACAGGGCUGGAAAGGUUUAGCAUUCACAAAUUGUACACAUACAUUUGUUUCUGAAAACAAAUCUAUGCAGUUGUGUUGUAUUGUAGGAAAUUUCAUUUUUAUGUACAUAUAUAUUGUAAAUAAAUAGGAUGCUGUAUAUUUUUGCAGUUGUUUAUCCCUGAUGAUAUAGAAGUGUUGAGAUAGGCCCUGCAUAUUAAGAAUAAUUUUAAUAGAAAUACAAAUACUUUAGCUUCUGACUUAGCAAAAUGUAUAUCCUUUCCUUUCUCCCAAGAGUUCACAAGUUAAAUCCUAAACUUGAAAUUAUAAUUGCAUUGCGAAUGUAACAAGAAAAAGAGAAAUAAAAGGUCCAAUUAAAUUGCUAGGGUUAAUUCCACAGCACAUGAACUCCCCAUUUUCUCAACAGCAAGUCAGCCAGUCUUCCUGCUGGGUAAAGUAUCUCCCUUGUAAAAGGCCCCCUUUGGUGCCCAGGUACCCCUAUGUCCUCAGCUGAGGGCAGGUGGUAGUUAAAGUGCUGAAAAGGCUUUACGCAGAAACCAGAGCCAACUGCAGCCAGCAAUUUGACCCAGCAUUACGCCAUGUUGUAUCCAGGCGUGUAUUUACCCAACUAGUACAAACAGAAGUCAGGGCAGGACUUCUGCAUUUCCAUUUUCAGCCACCAGAAAUGCCUGUAGUUCAGAAAAAAGAAGUACGACAAGCCAGGGGUGGGCAGCAACCAGAGCAAUUUGUGCCGUUUUCAGCCCGCUCCCUUCCUGCAGACCCAGGCACGCUGCUAUCAUGCGACCAAAACACUGAGGCUGACGAGAGCAUCCCCAGCCAGGGACUGCUUGCACAUCCCACCCCACGAGCUGGCAGAGGCCAGUAUUUUGGUCGUGGGACAGCUGCGUGUCCAGGGGUGAGGAUGAUGGGAGGGGAGGGUUGUGUAUGUCCCGAGAGUGCCUCCAUCAAGAGCCUUGCGUAGACUUUCUCGUGGGUAAAGCACGGAAACGUGUUUUUUCAGGAUUGCUGAAAAAACAGAGGUUGAUAAAUGCAUCUAAAAAUAAUUGUAUUUUUGCCCAUGUUUACUUUAUGGUCUUGGAUGAAAUGAAACUUGAAAUAACGUUUGCUUUCACCGUGAGCACAAAUUUGAGGAAAUAAACCUAUAUGCAGUCACUUCUACAGAGCUUUUCAAAGUAAUACAAGUGUACGUUUUGUUUUCAGUGUUAUAGCCAACAAAAUAUAAACUGUAAAGGUACUUUUCCACAAGACUUGAACUCUAACUUGUUUAUAGAAACCUGUUUUUAGUGUCCCAAGGUAUGUUAAGGCUCACCCAGAUCCAGUAUAAACAACGCUGUUUGAAUGAUGUACGCUUGGUAUGAGUUCGUCUCUAAUAGAUUGGUGAAGUGAGUCAUUGAUAAAGUUUUGCUCCUGCUAACAUCACCAUACUUUGUGCUGCUCAUAUCCAAAUAAACGAUGCAGUUUUUCAGUUUCUGUGUGUAAAUACAAAAAAAAUGUCUUAAGUUCUAUAACCUCU